AUGGCUGAACGCCGCUUAGUCUUCAACGUCUCCGAACUCAAGAAGGUAGCUGCGAAAGCACUAAACAGACCAGCUUCAGAUGUGCACGCGAUAAAGAAGAUCGCCGAAGGCGGUUUCAACCGCAUACUCGAAUUAACGAUGAAUGACAGCUCGUCGGUACUCGUCCGUCUUCCAUACCCAUCUACCUUACCACGACGCCUGGCAGUAGCGAGUGAAGUCGCAACGCUGGACUUCCUCCGCACCAAGGGCAUACCUGUACCUCGGGUUCUGAGCUACUCGACUGGUGAAAACGCUGUCGGUGUAGAAUAUAUGCUGAUGGAAAAACUACCAGGAAAGCCUCUUAGUGAUAUCUGGUUCAGCUUAGCCGAAGAGGAAAGAUGUCAUAUUUUGCACAAAAUAGUCUUGAUGGAAACCAAGCUCUUCGCGAACAGGCUUCCCGCCUGUGGCAGUAUAUACUACUCCCAUGACCUGCCUCCGGGAAUGCCCCGCAUAGGUAUUCCUGGACCUAGCGACUUGUGCGUGGGGCCAUAUGCAUCUAUGCGAUGGUGGUACGGAGAACGUGCAGAACUGGAUAUCGACCGAGGCCCUCAUAUCGACACUCAGCUCGUUCUUCGAAGUCAUGCCGAGAAGGAGUUGGCGUGGAUCGGCAAACACGGACGGCCACGACACCCAUUCUAUCGCGAAUACGCUGAGUCAUUUGGAUACAAGAAGCAAGAUCCUCAAGGCCACAUACAUUCGCUAGGAGACUACAUACGCCUCGUGCCUCACCUUGUACCUAAAGAUGCGACAGUGCAUUCGCCCACCCUCCGACAUCCAGAUCUCUCUCCUAAUAACAUCCUUGUAUCUGACGAUCUUCAAAUCACCGGCUUCAUCGACUGGCAGCACUCCGAAGUCCUCCCUGCUUUCCUCGCCGCGGACAUACCAGCGGCAUUUGCAAACUACGCAGACGAAGAGUCUCGAAGCUUUACGGAGCCCAAACUACCGGAAAUUCUUUCUUCUAUGGCUGAAACUGAGCGUGCUGAGGCAGAAGAACUAUAUCGCCGACAACACAUACAUUUCUGGUACCUUGGCCUCACUCAGAUGCUGAACGAGCCUCAUUGGCAGGCUUGUACACACGACGGAACUUUCAUGACACGUCAGAUAUUUCACGAUGCCGGCGCUCCGUGGCAAGGUGACAAUGCUCAUCUCCAGAUCGGUAUCGCGGAUGUUGUGGAAGAAUGGCCAGUGUUUGCAUCUGCCGCCACAGACGGCACGGUUCCGCCAUGCCCCAUCAUCAUAUCCGAGGAAGAGAUGCAGAGAAGAGCAGAUAUGCGGAAGUCACUGCACGAAGGCAACAUGUUUAGGGAAGAAUUAUGCGAGAAAAUGGGUGUAUCCCAUAGCGGAUACACAUCGCACGAAGACUUUGACUUCGCGAAAGAAAAAGCAAGCAAGGCAAAGGAAUGCAUAGUGGACAACCUGAAAGACGAACCGGAGGAACUGGAUAGAGCCUUACUUACUUGGCCUUUUGAUGACUAUGACGAGAAUGAAUAA